AUGAACGGAGGGGGUGCUAAGGGGUAUGACAGACAUUUGAUUUGGCCAAAGGGACAGUCAUUCCUGGCAGCAGGCUUGAUGCAGCACCAAGUGGCCAUCGUCACCGGCCAGGGUAUUGGCAUCGGAAAGGGCAUCGCGACCGAGCUCCUGCAUCUAGGGUUUAAUGGGGUCAUUGCAUCCCGUGAGUCUGAUAGGUUAAAAUCUGCUGCAGAUGAACUGAAGGCCAGUCUGCCUUCUACCAGCCAGGCUCAAGUCACUCCCAUAAAAUGCAGUGUCUGUAAUGACAAGGAGGCGAAUAAUUUGGUCAAAGCCGCCUUAGACUUUUAUGGUCAGAUUAGUUUCUUAGUAAACAAUGGAGGAGGCCAGUUCUUCUCUCCUUCUGAACACAUCAGUUCAAAGGGGUGGAAUGCUGUGAUUGAAACCAACCUGACGGGCGCCUUCUACAUGUGCAAAGCUGCUGCCAGAGAAGGUGUUUACAACCUCACCAAAUCCUUAGCGGUGGAAUGGGCCAGCAGUGGAAUAAGGAUCAAUUGUGUUGCCCCUGGAAUCAUUUAUUCCCAGACUGCUUUUAACAACUAUGGUCAUUUGGCAAAAGACUUAUUUGAAGGGUACUUUGAGAAAAUCCCAGCUAAAAGACUUGGAGUUCUUGAGGAGGUCUCCACCUUGGUAUGCUUCCUGCUAUCUCCUGCAGCUUCCUUUAUCACCGGACACUUGGUGGAUGUGGAUGGGGGCCAGUCUUUGUACACACACUCAUUUGAGAUACCAGAUCAUGACAACUGGCCCGAGGCAGUAGGGGACCUUUCUUUUGUCAAAAGGAUUAAAGAGUCUUCUAAGCAAAGAGGCAAGCUGUAG